CGUGGAAUUCAAGUCCUUUAUUUGGUUUUUCCUUUUCUGGCUUACUUUUUAUCUUUUUUCACACUUCCACUAGAAUGUUCCUCUGAACCUGCCAAGAAGAAUUCCCCACUGACCACUUCUGUGAUUCGAUCUUUCACUUUUUUUCUUCUUGUAAUUUUCCCAAGUUUUGUGUUUAUUCUUGUGUAGAAUGAUGGUGGUGGGGGAUAUGGGUAUCUCUCCAAUUCAGGGGCAUGACCUACCUUCAAACUGAAUUUGAUGCUUUGUCUGCUCCUUAUUCAUCAGAUUCCUUCAAAAUUGUGCUGAUUCUUUUAACUAUUCGGAAGUGAGACUACAAACACAUAACGACUCUUCUCUGUUCCUUGUACAGUUUUUUGUUUUUAUUGCCAACACACUGGUGCCAGAUUCAUAUAGCUGACACCAACUUGCUUGGGAUUGAGGCAUAGUUGUUGUACACCAGUUACGUCAUUUGUAUUAUGGGCUGGCUAGAAAAGAUAUUUGGAGGUUCCACUCACAGGAUCUCUGGAGGGCAAUAUCAUGGAGGGUAUGAGGGUGGGCAAUAUCAUGGGGGCUACGAGGGAGGGCAGUAUCAUUCCGGGCACGAAGGAGGGCAAUAUCAGGGAGGGUAUGAGGACAGUACAAUUUGGGAGGAACCAACUGCUUCAGUGGAUGCAUUGUCAGAUUUCGAUAAUGAAGAAAUUGAUCGUGCCAUUGCACUUUCUCUAGCAGAAGAGGAUCAGAAAGGGAAAAAAGUAAUCGAGAGUGAACCCAACUUGGAGGAAGACGAGGCGCUUGCCAAGGCUCUUCAGGAAAGUUUGAAUGUGGAGUCGUCUCCACCUCAAUAUGAUUUUGGAAGUUUCUUUCCACCAGUCGCAUACUCGUAUCCACGUGGAUAUAGGGUCUGUGCCGGUUGUAAUGCUGAAAUUGGUCAUGGAAGAUAUUUAAGCUGCAUGGGAGCUGUUUGGCAUCCAGAAUGUUUCCGUUGCCAUGGCUGCAAUCAACCAAUUUCUGACUAUGAGUUUUCGAUGUCAGAUAACCGUCCAUACCAUAAAUCAUGCUACAAAGAACAGCAUCACCCAAAAUGUGAUGUUUGCAAGAACUUCAUUCCAACAAAUCCGGCUGGUCUAAUUGAAUAUAGGGCUCAUCCUUUCUGGCUUCAGAAGUAUUGCCCGUCACAUGAAACUGAUGGGACACCUCGUUGUUGCAGUUGUGAGAGAAUGGAGCCCGUAGAUGCCAGAUAUCUGAUAAAUGAUGAUGGUAGGAAGCUGUGUCUAGAGUGCUUGGACUCUGCAAUAAUGGAUACUCAUGAAUGUCAACCCCUUUAUCUUGAGAUACAAGAAUUUUACGAAGGUUUAAAUAUGAAAGUAGAGCAGCAAAUUCCUUUGCUUCUAGUGGAAAGACAAGCCUUAAAUGAAGCGAUGGAAGGAGAAAAAAAUGGUCAUCAUCACAUGCCUGAGACUCGAGGACUCUGCCUGUCUGAAGAACAGACCAUUAGCACUAUAUCAAGGCGGCCACGGAUUGGUGGUUAUCGGAUUUUAGAUAUGUUUACAGAGCCUUGCAGGUUAAUUCGACGAUGUGAAGUGACAGCUAUUUUAAUCUUGUAUGGUCUUCCAAGGUUAUUGACUGGUUCAAUUUUGGCUCAUGAAAUGAUGCAUGCAUGGCUCCGGCUUAAAGGUUAUCCGAGUCUUAGUCCAGAAGUUGAAGAAGGUAUCUGCCAAGUAUUAGCUCACAUGUGGUUGGAUUCUGAAAUUAUAGCUGGUUCUGGUAGUAAUACAACUUCUGCAUCUUCCUCUGCAUCCUCAUCGUCCUCUUCAUCACCAUCUACUACUUCAUCAAAGAAAGGGAAACGUUCCGAGUUUGAGAAGAAAUUGGGUGAUUUUUUCAAGCACCAGAUUGAAUCAGAUACCUCAGCAACUUAUGGGGAUGGAUUCAGAGAAGGCAAUAAGGCAGUGCUCAAGUAUGGCCUCAAGACAACACUUGACCAUAUCAAGCUUACAGGAACAUUCCCUUGUUAAAUUAUUCAGUCACUCUCAGUGCUUCCACUUCAACGCGAUUCUAGUUUUAUAGGACCAAAUACCAUACAGAGAUGAUAAUCAUCAUAAUAAUAAUACAAUAAUGAAAAGGUAAAGAGUAAAUGCAUCUAUAAGAUGCACAUAUAAUGUAGCUCCGAUACUUUAAGCUGUAUACUUGUUCAUAUAAAGGAAAUCUAAACAUAGUAAUGCUGAAUUGUCUUACCUUGCAGAAGGAGGAGAUUGGUUGUUUAAUACCUAUUGACUCCAUAUAAGCAGCAAAACUCGCAUCUUCUUUGGCUGCUCGUGAUAUUAUAUAAUUGUAUUCUCUAAUUUUUCA